AGUCAUAUAGGGCAAGUCCUGCCUGGUGUGUUUACUCUGCUUCUCCUCCUACCCGGAGCUGUGAAGACUUACAGCCGGACCGAUAAAAGUCCGCGGAGUCUGGAUAUUAACCCGUAGUCAAGGCUCUUCGGUAAAUUAAUGAGAAAGAGAGGAGUGUAUAGUCCGUUUCUAAAUGGAGCUACUUCGGUUUUCCGCUUUUUGGUGUGGAGCGAUACUCUUUGGUAGUAUUCUGCUCGUGGAGGCGGAAGCCAGUAUAAUGAAGCUAAAAAGGCUGUGCAAGUUCUGUGAUGUGCAAGCAACAAGCUGCGCAGGUAAAGGGAGAUGCAAGGUGGAUUGUGACAUCACAUCCAUCUGUCCGGAUAAACAAGAUGUGUGUGUCAGUAUCUGGAGGAAGAAAGAUGACAACAUCACCUUUGAUACAGUCUGCCACAACCCAGCUCAGAGGCUCUAUGGCUUGGUCCUGGAGGAUUACAACAACAGCAAGUGCGAGAUGAAAGAAAUAAAGGGCAUGGGCUCACAAUUCUUCAUCUGUUCCUGCUCUGAGGAUGAGUGCAAUGAGCAUAUCUUCUUUAACUCCAACAUGGAUUCCCAGGUGGUGGCGGUCAUCUUAGUGAGCCUGGUGCCUCUGCUCGUUGUGGCUGUUGUCGUCAUCACUUCCUUCUACUGUUAUCGGGUCUACCGCCAGCGGCAAGCCAGCUCCAAGCGCAGGAGGGGUCCCCCGCUGGACUUCAGUGACGCUCGCGCCAUCAUGAUAGACGACGAAGGUUCAGACAGUAGCUCCACACACGCCAACAACCUCAACCACAACACAGAGCUGCUGCCCAUUGAACUGGAUGUGCAGGUUGGAAAAGGACGCUUUGCAGAAGUUUACAAAGCCAAGCUUAAGCAGGGCUCCUCAGUCAGCGAGGAGCAGGGCUUUGAGACAGUGGCUGUUAAGAUUUUCCAGUAUGAGGAGUACGCCUCCUGGAAGAGUGAGAAAGAAAUUUUCUCAGACGCAGACUUGAGACAUGACAAUGUGCUUCACUUCCUGACAGCAGAGGAAAGGAAGGUGCAGAGACAGUACUGGCUGAUCACAGCCUACCAUCCAAGAGGGAACCUCCAGGAGUACUUGAUUCACCAUAUUAUCAACUGGCACGACCUGUGGGUGCUGGGGGGCUCGCUAGCGAGUGGAGUGGCGCACCUUCACAGUGACCACACUACUUGCGGUCGCUACAAGGUGCCCAUCGCACACAGGGACAUUAAGAGCUCCAACAUACUUGUGAAAAACGACCUGACCUGCUGCCUGUGUGACUUUGGCCUCGCCCUCCGCCUGGACAACAGUCUGUCUGUGGAUGAGCUGGCCAACAGUGGGCAGGUGGGAACAGCCAGGUACAUGGCCCCAGAGGUCUUGGAGUCCAGAAUCAACCUAGAAAACAUCGAAUCCUUCAAACAGGCUGAUGUGUAUUCAAUGGCUCUUGUACUGUGGGAGAUCAUCUCCAGGUGUAACGCAAUUGGGGAUGUGAAAGAGUACGAGCCACCCUUUGGGAACCUGAGGGAGCAUCCGUGUGUCGAGAGUAUGAAGGACAGCGUCCUCCGAGACAGAGGAAGACCUGAGAUCCCCGACAGCUGGAUCAACCACACAGGCAUCCAGAUGGUGUGCGCCGCCAUAGACGAUUGCUGGGACCACGACCCCGAGGCCCGUCUGACAGCCCAGUGUGUUGCCGAGCGAUUCUACGACAUGGAGUACCUGGACAAGCUGUCAGAUCGCUCUGACUCAGAGGAGAAGAUCCCUGAAGAAAUCUUUGUGGUGGAUGAGAAGUAGAGCGCAACAGAAACACUGCCCCCCACCAGAGUGGCAGAGGAAGUACAACCAAGCAGCUGGGAGAGAACGAUAUUCCAGUGGAUGCAUCGUUUGCAAUGGGUUCGUCAGAAAUGUUUGACGGAGGAGCAAACUGGAAAAUCAUGUAGAUGAAGCAGAACUGAUACCAGAGAUGGACUUCCAUAAACAGAUCGGGACUUUAAUACAAACAGCAGUGACUGACUUGAUUUGUUUUCUUCUACAUGCAACAAAGACUGGAUCAAGUCGUACAUAAACAGGGAAAUCACAUUGUAAAGCUUUAUUAACCAAACACUAUUUGCACUUUACUGAUAUCUAUGCACACCAAAUGAUAUAUAUUCAGUGUCUUUUUUGAUUUGACAAAACAUUUCAGGUAGGAAAUAAAGGGAAAAUGCGUAUUUCAAAAAGGGGAUAAAAAGGUGCAAUGUAAAGUAUUAAGACAGUUAAUGACACUAAUAUGCCCCUUAAAUUUUAUUCGACUGCAUACUAUAAAUUUGUUGGGGCGGGUGGCCUGGUGGCCUUGGAUAGACAUCAACAGGACUGGAUGAAGCUUCAAGUAUAAUUUCUUGUGGCAAAAAUGGAAAUUACCCACUGCAAAGAAAUAGAAAACCCAUCCAAGGCUGUACUCUACAGGGAACGCUAAUAUCAUAUCACAAGGACUAUGAAUUGUAAAAUAAAGACAGCAAAAUCGGCCUGAAAGGAAAAAGGGACCAGAUAUAUAUGUGUAUUUGUGUGUGUGUGUGUGUGUGUGUGUGUGUGUGUGUGUGUGUGUGUGUGUGUGUGUGUGUGUGUAUGUAUUUGUGUAUUACUCAGAGGACCAAGAUAAUAAAAGGAAUAGAAAUACGUAUAAAGGAUUCUAAACUGGAAUUUCCUGCCCGCUGCCUAUAUGCUUUAAGAGCUGAACUUCUUUCUAGACUUUUGAUUUUGUAACUGAAUUCUGAUCCAGCGGUCAGAAAACAUCUGUAUCAAAGUAAUUUUUGUAUAAAAGUGUAAAGUCAUAAUUAAAAGUAUUACAGUA